CAAGAUUUUCUAUUAACCGCAGGACAUUGUGCCUAUCCCUAUAAUGAUACCUCACCAAAAUUGGUUUAUCGUCAUUAUAGUAAUUUGGCUGGUUUAAUUGGAUCAAUGGAGAAUUAUACGACCACACCAAUUGAUCUUGGUUUUAUCAAAAAAUUAACGGUAAACUCUCAUAUCAAAAUAAUUAGUACUGGUGUUCAUAUAUGUAAGUCGGGUUAUACAAGCGGUAUUACUUGUGGUUAUGUGAAAUCACUUUAUGCAACCAUUACAACUGAUGAAGAUAAAAUAGGUGGCUUACUAACAACCGUAUACUCUUAUCGCGGUGACAGUGGCGGAUCUAUGUUUCAAUUCAGUUACAGUGAUUAUUCGAUACCUUUCGUAUAUGCAGUCGGCAUACUUAUAGGAGGUAAAAGCAACUCAUACGAAGCUGAGACAUAUUGUGAACCAAUAAGAACAGCUUUUGAAUAUGGUUACACUCUUGUUCAUUAUCCACACUAA